UCUCCUUUAUUCUUGGUCUUCAUUCCUUCUUCACCAUCUCUCUCUCUCUUUCUCUCUCUCUCUCAUUUCUUUCCCUGUAGCUUCUCUCUGCAAAGAACUUCCUCUUAUUGAUGUGAUUCUCCACUAGUAUUAUCCAACAAAAAUCACCCCAUCAACCUUUACAAAAGGAGAAAGCUCAUAUAGGAACCAUGGAUUUUUCUUCCAUCCCAGCAUAUCUUGAUCCAGCCAACUGGCAACAACAACCGAAUCACCAAACUGGAGUAAGUAGCAGUACGGCUACCCAGCAUCUUCCACCUCCACCACCCCCACCCCCACAACCUCAUGGAAGUGGAGGUGCAGGAUCCAUCCGUCCCGGUUCUAUGGCAGAUCGAGCACGGAUGGCAAACAUACCUCUGCCGGAGCCAGCAUUAAAAUGUCCAAGAUGUGAAUCAACCAACACCAAGUUUUGCUACUUCAAUAACUACAGUCUCACCCAGCCUCGCCACUUUUGCAAAACCUGUAGAAGGUACUGGACUAGAGGAGGUGCCUUAAGGAGUGUCCCUGUUGGAGGAGGCUGCAGGAGGAACAAGAGAAGCAAGGAAAGCAGCUCAAAAUCUCCAAUAAGUGGUUACCGUCAAACCGGUUCCUGUUCCUCGAGCACCGUCUCUUCUAACAGCGGGACCAGUGAUACAUUUGGUCUUGGACCACAGGUUCCGCCCAUGCGGUUCAUGGCUCCACUUCACCAUCAUACUGAAUUUGCUUCUGGUAAUAUUGGGUUAAAUUAUGGUGCGCUUUCAAAAACUCUUGUUGGAGGAGCAAGUGACCUGAAUUUUCAAAUGGGUAGUGCUUUAGCUAGUGCUGGUCUUGGUGGUAAUGGUGGUGCUGGAGGUUCUCUUUUGUCAAUGGGCGGUUUUGACCAGUGGAGGAUGCAGCAAGGACAACAAUUACCCUUUUUGGGAGGAUUGGAUUCUUCUGCUUCUGGGUUAUACCCAUUUGAAGGUGGUGCUGAACCAUCUGGUUAUGGUGGUGGAGCUGAUCAUAUAAGGCCAAAGAUAUCAAGUUCUACAGCUACUCCGUUAGCUUCUGUGAAAAUGGAAGACAAUCAGGAGUUGAAUAUGUCAAGGCAGUUCUUGGGAAUUCCAGGGAAUGAUCAGUACCCGGAGUGGUACUUCAUGGACAGAUCUUUCUAGUUUUAGUUCUUCUUCCACUAGCAAUCCUUUAUAGAUUUUGUCUAUGGUUUUGUGUGGUGAAGCUCCAGGGUUUUUUUUUUGUUUUGUUUUUUUUUGUCAUUGGGGUUUGUGGAGGUAGCGCUCUUCAGCCAAAGAAAACUAAAGCAAGUGGGAUAUGGUACCUGCCUCCUCUUGGUACGAUCUAUAAUCAUGAUUAGCUGGAAUAUGAUUCAAGGACUUUGCAAUUAGAGUUUAAGUAGAGAAACCCUAGAAUGGUAGGACUUAUAAUUCUCUUUGGUUUUGGUCUAAUUUAAUUACUUUUCCCCACCUUAAUGUACUAUGAAGACAUUAAUGUAUUAGCAUGUUUAAACCCA